AUGAUCAGCUUGGGAGCGUAUGAAUACAAUCCAGCGGAUGUUCUGGGUAAUGGGGCAUUCGCGAUCGUAUAUAAAGGGAGAGUUAAAAAUAAUCCAGAGGAACCUGUGGCAAUAAAAAUCAUGUUGAAAGAUCAAAAUGUCCUUAAGUCGAAGACGCUUCUUAGCAAGGAAAUAUGUGUCUUAAAAGACCUUAACCACGACAAUAUCGUCCGACUAUAUGAUCACAGUAUCUCUAGCAGUGGAGUCUAUUUGGUAAUGGAGUACUGCAAUGGUGGUGAUCUUUCCGAAUACUUACAGGCCAAGCGCACUUUGCCAGAGGAUACAAUCCGUCACUUCCUAAUACAGAUUGGCUCGGCUAUGGACGCUAUGAAUAGGAAAGGUUUUAUGCACAGAGACUUGAAACCGGGUAAUAUCUUGUUGAGCCACUGUAGGGAUUGUGGUCAUCAUGUCACUUCUAUUCCUGGUUAUCUUCUGUCCUUCAAGCUAGCGGAUUUUGGCUUCGCUAGAUUUUUACAAGAUGGGAUGAUGGCAGUAACCAUGUGUGGAUCACCUAUGUAUAUGGCUCCUGAAGUACUGAUGUGUCGUAAAUAUGAUGCAGUAGCAGAUAUUUGGAGUAUGGGCAUUAUUGUUUACCAGUGUUUAACUGGUAAGGCUCCAUUUUAUGCCAAUACUCCAGAGGCUUUAAAAAACAUAUAUGAAAAAACAGCUUGUCUCAGACCAAAAAUACCUGUUACAACCAGUAAAGCGUUACAGGAUCUUCUAUUAAAAAUGCUUAUUCGUAAACCAUCGGACAGAAUUGAUUUUCCUAAUUUAUAUAUUUACUUUUAUUCUAUUACAUUCUUGUUGUCUAAUGUGACAUUUUACAGAAAAUUUCCUGAAUCAUCGAUUUCUGCAUCAACGACAUUUUGA